AAUUAAUUCUCAUACUAUUUUAGAUAUAUAAUAAUAUAUGACUAUUCAAUCUUUCCUCACCUAAAAAUUUGGCUUCACUAGUGAUUUCUAUAUAGCCUUUCACAUAAAAGCUUAGAAUCAAGGGGAAAAACUCAUUAAAACACCCUGUAAAUAGUUAGCACAAUAAUGUUUUUUCAUAUCUCAUUCUAAAGGUUCAAUCAUUAUCAACAUUAUAUCUCGCUCAUGACUUGGAGAGAAAUAAAAGACAACAUACCACAACAUUUUCAAAAAAGAUAAGUAGGUUGCAACCAAUGAAAUAUGAGUCACAAAAAAUUUGCAAAUGAUAACAAAGACUCAAAACACGAUAUAAACAAGACAAAUAUAUAAAUAUAAAGAUUAAUAACAAACCAAAAAACGUAAAACUAUCAUAAAUACCCAAACAUUCAUGACAAGGUUAGCUAUAAUAGUAUAGAACAUAAUUCGAUGUCUUCAACUAAUUUUAUUUCUCACUAAAUCAAAUUCUUUAUAAACUGAUAAAUUAGUAACUAAAGUGCUUAAAAAAAGUGUUGUGACUGUUGUCAUUUAAUUUGUUCCACUGCCGUUUUCUAAACUACAUAUUUUCACUCACCGACUAUCUUUCUUCCCCACCCGACAGUGAUCAUCAUUGAUCAAUCCCCACAACUCAAACGCCGAUACCUGAAAUCAGAUCGAUUUCUCCAGUUUCCUUUUCCCAUUUCUCAACUUUCAAUUUCUUGUUUCUAAAUCACAGCAAAACCUCUUGUUGUCCUACAAAUUCUACCAAACUAGAACACGAAUUCUUUCUUCUACAUCAUCACAAGAUGCAUAUAUGUCUAUAAUCGAAUAUUCUGAUAACAUUCACCAAUAAUCACACCAACUUUUAAUUUAGAAGAUGAAGGAUGAUGAUUCCCUUCCAGUAACAUCAAGUACAUCAGUUUCAUCAACAAAGAAAGAAUCUUCCGAUGCCAAUCUUUUCGGUAAAGGCCGCUACAAAUUCUGGGCAUUGGCUGCCAUUUUACUCUUAGCUUUCUGGUCCAUGUUUACUGGUACAGUUACGCUCCGUUGGUCUGCUGGUAAUCUUAAUCGCCUUUCUGAUGACCUAGAUACUCCUUUACAUGACGAUCUUGACGUUUUGGAGAUGGAGGAGAGAGAAAAAGUGGUGAAGUAUAUGUGGGAUGUUUACACAAACAAUCGUCGGAUCAGAUUGCCGAAGUUUUGGCAGCAGGCUUUUGAGGCUGCUUAUGAAGAUAUGAUUAGUGAUGUACCUGGUGUUCGCGAAGAUGCUAUUACUGAGAUUGCUAAAAUGUCUGUUCGUUCUAUCGAUCUUGAUCCGCCUCCUGUCCAAUUGACGGGUGCUCGAGAAUUGCGUCUGAAGCAUGCAGAAAUUAGAAAGACAGCAACUGCAUCAGGAAAUAGUUGACUAAUGGACUCGCUUCACUACAUCUGAAACUGCAUGUAAUUUAUUCUCAGUCGACAAACUUGGAGAUUUGCUCGUAUGCUGGAACUUCUGCCUGGGCCACAACGUGCUUAUAGCCAGCUGAUAUUGUUUGCCUCAGGCUCAAUACCCUUAUGUGCUUGGUAUUUUCUUAUUAGAAGUUUUGUUGUCACUUACUAUAUGGUGUUUAUUGAAAAAGGAUUUUUGAUUCUUCAUUUCUAUAAAUAUUAGAGAAGUUUGUAAAAUGAAGUGGAAAAUACCAUAUCCUAGGAUAAGAAUGUGCAAGUUCCAAUUUUAAGUCUCGUUAGCCCUCCGUUUCUUUCUUGCUGUUAACAUCUUUCGCUAUGCUUUCAAAAGAUUUAUUACAAUAAAAAUCAUGUAAAACCUUGUGGUGGCUGUGCUCGAAUGGUCACCCAUGUUUCGUCAUUGAACGGCAAAUUUACAGCGUAUGCACCAUGGUGUUUAGUGUUUACACACCGUGGUAUUAAUAUCCUUUCAGUCUGCAUUGUUCAACGCCAUUGGAGUUCCGAGACUAAAAGGAGUUACCUCUUUGAAUUACCCCAAGGGUGUUAGUGUUUGUAGUGUUCCCAUGAUGUUUCUGAACAUGCUUUUCAGUUUUGGGAUUGUGCUUCUCCUAUGCAGCAACAAUAUGGAAUGCCACCUCCACGACCUUCUUCAAGCUAAGAUGUUCAUUGUUGAAAUUUUGAUGUCAAAGAUUUAUGUCCUUUUGGUGUACGAACUUUUAUCAUAUGUUGAGAUAUAUUACAGUAUUACUC